UUUAUUUAGAUGACAAAAAGUAAAGUAAUAUUUAAUUUGUGUAGAAGCUUUUUUUGGGAUGGAACCAAAUUAUUAUUAUUAUUAUUAUUAUUAUUAUUAUUAUUAUAUUUUAUUUUAUUUAUUUUUUUAUAGAUCCACGGAGUGAAAGGAGUAAAAACCGCCAAACUCCAAAAGCCAAGAUGCUCCGCUGCUCCGUGUUGCAUUGUGGGUAACGUAGUCUUAGUCUCCGCCCUGUGUCUUGCGCUCUAACCGCUCCGAACUCCAUUUCCCAUGAUGCCGCGGCGUUUCCUCCCUUCCUGCUCGCUUCCUGCAGUCUGGGCCCUGCUGCUGCCGUGUGAACCGACGGGACACCGACUCCCGAACCGAGCCCGAAGCCGCCACCGAGGCCCCGUCACCGGCAUGUCGCUCCGCAGCCGCGCCGCCGAAGCCCCCACGGUGUCCUGAAGCGUCCCGAGCCGGAGAGGAGCGCUGUCACACGGACUACACCUCUGGGCCCGUCCCGCUGGCGAUGCUCCGACAGUAGACCCGGGACACACCGCCACAGCAGCCGAACAAGAGCCCUCUUCCCCCCGCCCCCCGCCGCAGGUGAGACGAUGGAGCGCUCGGGCAGCAUCCAGGUGGACAUCCCGGACUUCAGUAACUCGGUCCUGAGCCACCUGAACCAGCUGCGCGUCCAGGGCCGGCUCUGUGACAUCGUGGUGCACGUGCAGGGCCAGAGCUUCAGGGCGCACAAGGUGGUGUUGGCCGCCAGCUCGCCGUACUUCCGCGACCACAUGUCCCUGAGCCAGAUGAGCACGGUCUCCCUCACCGUCAUCCGGAACCCGUGCGUGUUCGAGCAGCUGCUGUCCUUCUGCUACACCGGGCGCCUUUGUCUGCAGCUCGCCGACAUCAUCAGCUACCUGACGGCCGCCAGCUUCCUCCAAAUGCAGCACAUCAUCGACCGCUGCACGCAGAUCCUGGAGGGCAUCCACCUGAAGAUCAGCCUGGCCGACCUGGAGGAGGAGCAGAGGGAGGAGGGGCCGCGCACAGACAUUAUUCAUCGAGCAGAAGAAACAUCGAUCAAGAUCAAGACUGUGCAGCUCAAGUUUGUAGCAGAAGGUUCUCUGCGGGCUCGCUCUCUGGAGUCCGUGGUCCGCUCUGGGCACAGUCUGCGUCUGCUGGGGCCCAGGGCGGAGGAGGCAGAGACCCCCCCAGAGGAGCCCCCCAGCCCCCCUCCCCCGGUGGAGCACAGCGGGGCCAAAGAACCCAUCCUCCGCAUCAACCGAGCGGGACAGUGGUACGUGGAGACCAGCAGUGAGCCGGAGAGGAGCGCCAGCGUGGACGACUGCAGCCAGGACGUCGACCGAGUUCAUAUAAAGACGGAGCGCGUGGAGGAGUGGAUGGGGGCGGAGUCUCAGCAGGAAGAGGGCGGGGCCGUGGAGGAGGGCACCGUGAUGAUUGACAGCUCGGGGCGCAGCACGGUAGUCACGGCAACGGCUGUGGGGGCCAUCGCGACGCGCAGCAACAUACAACCGUCCAGCAGCUUCAGCGAGACAGAGCGGUUCAGUCCGACGGGGAGUGUGGUGGUGCUGGCAGACAGACAGAGAGCCAAGAGCGAGUCUCCCAACCGAGCGGACGAGCUCAGGCAGCCCAGCUCUCAGGGAGAGGAGCACGCGGCCUUCGACAUGGGGGGAUAUGAGGACUACCUGAGGGAGCAGGUGGGUGACCGCUGGUACAGGUACAACCCCAGACUCACCUGUAUCUACUGCUGCAAGUCCUUCAACCAGAAGGGCAGCCUGGAUCGCCACAUGCGCCUGCACAUGGGCAUCACGCCCUUCGUCUGCCGCAUCUGUGGGAAGAAGUACACGCGCAAAGACCAGCUGGAGUAUCACAUCCGCAAGCACACGGGCAACAAGCCCUUCCACUGCCACGUGUGCGGCAAGAGCUUCCCCUUCCAGGCCAUCCUGAACCAGCACUUCCGUAAGAACCACCCCGGCUGUGCCCCGCAAGAGGCCCAGAGCGCGUCUCCGGAGACCACCAUGGUGACCUCCAGAGGGGGCCCCAGCGACGAGGCCUCCCCCAGCCAGGACGAGCCGGAGGGGGGCAACGGCGGCGGAGGAGGGGGCGUCUACGGAGAGGGUCCCCAGGCCUCCGUGUCCACUACAGGGCCCGACUGACCGCACAGGAGACGGGGGCGAGCGAAGGGCUGUGGGGCCGCCAAACGAGGGGCGAGAUCUCAGAGUCCAGGCUGAGAUUGAGCCGCUUUAAAAAGCAAGAGAUGUGUUACAAAAACCGGAGAACACAAAAUACAACAUAAUUUAAGUUUCUGGAACCUGGGAACUCUUGAAUGUAAAAAGAAGAAUGCUAGAAAAUGAGAGUUUUUUUCUCAUAAAUCUUUUAGAAAUUGCCGAUUUAUUCCCAAUUCCCAAUAAUCUAUAGCAAUUUCAUUCAAAUUUGGUUAAAGUGGGACUAAACACCUAAAUAAUCCACACCUAAAACCACAUUUCAACUCUAAAAGUACCUCCAAGACUAAAGAAAAGAGUUAAAAAGAAACACUGGGUUGUAAUCACGUUAGUCCUGCGUGAUGUCACAUAGUACUUGUAAUUGCAAUGGUCAAGGGAGUCAGGAUACACCGAUUUUUAGAUAUUUUUGACCAGAAAACUGGAAAUUUAGCACCUAGUUUGCAAGUUUUGCCCAAAAAAAGGAUCAGGAACAGUAAGAAACGCUGUUAAAACACCUUUUCAAGUUUAGUAGCUAAAGAAAUUGAGUGUUUAGUUUCACUUUAACCACCACACAAAUUAGAAAAUGACUCAAAAUUAAACGUCCUUUUUGAUGAAAACGGGAACAAACAUCGUCCGGUUUUUUUUGGAACCGCUUCCUCCAGUUCCUGUAACACAUCCGGAUCGAAACCGCAUCUACCUUCACAAGCAAAACCGAACAGUUUUAGAAGCUACAGAAAUGAAGAAAAAGUCCACACACUCCAACCUCAUGCGCCGCGCGAUGCUGGCGGGGCUCUCAACUUUGACCUUUCGUUCAAAACUUUUAUAAAAUAUAUAUAUAACUCUUAUCACAGUACAGGUAAUACACAGGUUCACAAUGCAGCGUUGCAACAGUCUGCCCGGUGGAGGAAAAAAAAAAAAAGCCAAAUUUUCCAGUGCCACAUUUCGAUUUCUUUUUUGCCUUGACAAUCUACUGCUCCUGGGUUAAUAACACUAGCCCAGAGUUAAAAAGUGCCAUUUUGGCUUUUAGAGAAAGUUGUUUAGUUGCACAAAUUGCAACGAAAAGUUUUGAUCGAGUGUGACUGGGGUUUUUGUCGGACAAAAACGAACGUCCGUGUUUUUAAACUAGAACUAAAAUGAUAUCGAAUUGCACUUACGAAAUCCACUUUAGUUGCCAGAAGACGGAGGAGGGAGGAGCUGCCGUAAUAAGUUUCAAAUAAGUAACGUGUCUUAAAAACGUGAAAAGCAGAACUAGUUCAUUUUAAACGGUUUGCAAGUUCUUCCUGACUUAACCUUAUGCAUUCAGAGCGUCCUCAUUAUUCACCACGAUGAGUUUAAAAGCGCUUUUCGCAACUUUCAGAGACCAUAACAGUAAAGUUAACAUCGUAAUUAUCAGACAAUUAAAAGCUUUAUAAUUAGAUGCAAACUUAUUUUGAGGAGCUGCUUUUACAAUAAGACACAUUUUGCUCAAACUUGGUACAAGCCCUUUAAUAUACCGUCUUUUUCGAACUAUCAAGGUUCAAGGUUCUUUAUUUGUCAUUCAAGCAUGUGAGAGAAACACACGACAGAACGAAAUGUGCUCCCUGAGGCCCAGUGAUGCAGAGAGAGAGAUAAAAAAACAAUAAUAAAUAA